AAAUGUGUUUCCUGUCACAGAAGCUCCUCUGUAUCCCAAACCUGCAGCGGGUCUGUGAGUACCGGAGGUCUGCGGUGACGACCAGCAGGUGGCGGUAAUACGCUGACAGUCUGGACGUCACCUGCCCGGGCCAGAAGAAGAAGAAGCGGGACGGAAGUUACAUCUAUGUGGUGUUCGUGACGGUUCUUGUUGGUUCCGUUGCUGUGGUCGUCUGAGCGGCUCCAGGCUAAACCGGGAGGACUCGUGUUACCGUGAAUGUUGACGGUGUGCGUGUCUGUGGACGGAGCGUAGUGACGGAAGCAACUUUGCUGAGCAACAUGGAAGCGACAGGAGCCCCAGGAGACAACCUGAGUCAGCAGUGCAGCAACUGCGACGCCACCUCGGCCGCAUGUUGGUGUCUCGACUGUAAUGAAGCUCUGUGCGGCGUCUGCGUGUCGGCGCAUCGCAGAGUCACGGUGACCAGAUCACACAGGCUCCUCCAUCACCCGCCAGAAGGAAACAUCUUGUCUUCUCCCACCAAGUUCUGCAGACUCCACCCAUCUGAGCCACUCAAACUCAUCUGCUUCACCUGUAAGCAGCUCACCUGCAGAGACUGUCAGCUGAUGACUCACAUGAACCACAGGUACCGCUUUGUCAGUGAGGCGGUGGUCAGCCUGAAGAAGCAGCUGGACGUGUACGUUCAUUCCAUGAAGAGGCAGGAGGACACGGUGAGGCGGAGUCUGCAGGACAUGGAGACCAGGCUGCAGAGCAUCGAGCAAACCGAGUCUCGUCUGAGGACCGAGCUGCAGGCGGGAUUCGUCGCUUUUGCUAAACUUCUGAAAGCGAAAAUGAUGUCGCUCCUUAAAGACAUAGAGAAGGUGUAUGAGCUGGAAUGUGAGCAGAUCCAGGGGAGGAUGGUGAAGCUGAAGCAGCUGCAGCAGAGCCAAAAAUCCAUGAAGGAAACGCUCGAAAAGGCCCGAAAUCUGACCGACCUGCCGUCCCUGCUCUCACACACCGCACAGAUUAAAACCCAGAUGAAGGACCUUCUAGAUCAGGACUCAGACCCCCCUCUGAAAAUGCCUGAAGUGAAGCUCAUUACCAAGUUGGGUUACGAGGAAAUCCUCUCUGAGCUUUGUAACCUUCAUGUUUCAUGGAUCCCCUUCGCUGUGCCACCAACCUCGGAUAAAAACACAGCAACUCCGGCCCCUCCUGCUGCCCCUCCUCCCACCUCCACCUGCAACCCCAUCUCCAGCACUGUGAUGGACAGCGCCUCUGCUUCUCAUUCGCUUAAUCUGUCCUUUACAUCCUCAUCUGGCCCCAAACCUAGAAGAGACUCCACUUCUUCCGACUCCCCCUCCACCCGCCUGGUACCCCCCGGCCCCCAAACUGAGACGGCCGGUUCCAAUGCUACACCUGUUCCUAAUGACUGUGCUGCUACACCCUCUUCAUCCUCACAGUCAAGUUCAUCUUCGGCCUUUUGCAAAUUUUCGCCCAACCUAACCCUUUAUAAUCUCCUCACUCACCAUCAGGUUGGCACACAGGAUUCGGUAAAUCCUCGAUCUCCGCCCUCGAGUUCCCCAUCGGGUCAGUUGAGUCAUGCUCUCCCUCCAACCACCACCUCUCUUGCAACCUCCAACAUGCCCCUCCCCCUGCACUGUAAUGCCCCAGGCGCUCCAGCUAGCCGUCCCUCUCCUUUGUGCACGCUCUUAUCCAGCUCCUCCACUUCCAUUACUCCUCCUGCUCACACCUCCACCUUUCCAAUGCCCACUGACCCCACCCCUCAAACUGGCAAAGCUGUGAACUGUAACCCACCAGUUACCAUCAGUGUUCUCCCUCCACCAUCAACGUCUGUGUCUGCUCAGUCGAGUGUUCCUUCGUCCUCCACAACCGCCAUGUUUCCCUCCUCCUCCAUCACUCCUUCCAUCUCCACCCGUCCCAGUCUGUCAGCACUCGUGUCCAGUCAGCUGACUAUUUCUCCAUCCUCCACACCCUCCGUGUUUCCCCACUCCUCCUCCUCUUAUACUCCUUCCACCUCCACCAGUCCAGUGUUCACCGGCUCCAUCACUCAAACCGGCACCUCCCCCAACACACCUGUUACCAUCAGUAUCCUCUCUUUACCAUCAACACAUUUAACCAAUCAGUUGUCUGCGUUUCCCUCCUCCCCCUUAUCCACCACUCUUUCCACCUCCACCUGUCCAGCAGCAACAACCGGGUCUGUUUUGCAGACUCUCGACACCCGUGUCACUAACCUGGUUGUUCCAGAUAGUUCCACAUGCCGCCCUUCAGCGUGGCUCUCGCCCUACGAUCAGUCUAAUCUUCAUCUUUCCUCCUCCGCCUGUCCCUCGUCUAUUUCUCCUCCAACCGUCUCUUCCACCUGCCCACCUGCUCAGAUUUCUAACUCGCUGAGCGCCUCUCCGAAUCAGUUCAAACCUCUCGUUACACAUUCGAGUAUGGUGUUGGCUUGUUCUCCAGCCACCUCCACAUUAAACUCCGCCCGUCCCGUGUCCUCCUGGUGCCUCCUCCCCCAAACACCAAACUCCAGUAAUCCUAACCUGCUUGUUCCAGUCAACUCUGAUGCCACCACCACCUCCUCGACAACCAUGAACUCCUCCUCCACCAGCCCACCCACCUCCACCUUUGCUGUUCUGACCAGUAACGCUGCCUCGCCUGUUCCCGUCAGCAUUCCUUCAUCUCUUUGGAAUUCCUUGACCACGUCGUCCUCUAUAGCUUUCAUAUACUCCUCCUCUGCCACUCUGCUCAGCACCACCUGUUCCACAGCGACGCGCAGCUCGCUGCUCCACACGUCUCCCUCGCUUUUUCCAGUCAGCAGUCUCAGUACGUCACAGAUCUUCACUACCUCUAUCACUCCAACCUUCUCGUCCUUCAUCAGUUCUCCUGCCAGCAGCUGUUCAUCUCCCAGCUAUUUGUUCCUCCCCCAAACUGACGCCUCCCGUCCCUCAGUUGUUCUCAGCAUGCUGCCUGCCGGCUCCACGUUCCCCCUGCCGGCGGGUCAGUUUCUAUCCGCCCUUAAACCCGUCCAACCAUCGCAAGUUCUGAAUCAAACCGCCGGUCCUCACCGGAACCAGCCCAGCAUCGUCAUGCUGACCAACACUCAGAGAACGUAUCAGGUGCUGCUCAACGAGACUGCUCUCUUCAGGCUGCCUGAUCGUCGUGCCUUCCAUCCGGCCUCAGCGCAGAAACUAAGCGGCCUUGGGGAAAGCACCAUCACAGAAGUGAGUCCAGAGAUUUCUGCGGGAAACUCGAGCUGUGAUGGACCGAGCGACACGUUACCGUCAGAGCACCAAACCGUGGAAGAUAAGAGCCCGGCUUUACCCAGCAGCCCUUUGUCCUCGCUUCAGGAACUUGACAGCACACUUCAUCCCCCCUCCCCUCAGGAACAGACUCAGCAGGUUCCUGUGGAGGGCUUGGUGGCUGACGCUCGCUGUGAUAACACUAUACAAGAUAUGGAGGAGAGCCAGGAAACGAAAGAAACCGAACCCGCCACUUUAGUCUCUGACGAAGCCAAACCCAACGCCCUCGAGCCUAAAGACGACAUACCAACACUGGUAACUUCAGACAAGGACACCGAAGAGCUGAGCGCCGUGAUUGGACGGGAGGACUUCAGUCUGAGUCGGUGGCAGCCCAAAGUGUCUGUGUUGAGACUGCCUGUGUCCCUACCAAGUGUUGGACGGCCCCUUCCCAGUUUUCGUCUGUUACCUGGAGAGACUGAUGAUGAGAUUUACCUGGAGGAAAUGAGUGACGACUGUCAGUCCGAUGCCGAAGACGUGGCGGCUGACAAAGGGGAUUUCAUAAAGCCGGAAUCGUCUCCAGGCUCUCCAAUAACCCUGGAGAUUCUUUCCUGCUCGGUUUGUGCAUCACCCGGCACUUCGAUCAUCUGCUCAGCCUGCGGUCGAGGAUACCACAGAGACUGCCACGUCCCCCCAGUUGGACUCGACUUUUGGUCAGAGUGGGUCUGUUCGUUAUGUCAGGACCUGUCAGACCCGUCGGACCCCUACAGCACUGAGAGACUUCAGCAUACCAGCCUCAGUCUGCAGAGCCUCAGGAGGUGCGAGAGUCUCGUUCUGCAUCUGAAGGUUGAAGUCUGCAGUCGGUGCUCUCAGUUUGGCGGUUCGUCUCAGCUGAAGUCGAUAUCGGACCGCCUGACCCUCCGCCGGCCUCCUCCGUAUCAAACGGCCGCACAGCUCGUCUCCGACAUGUGGACUCUGUUCAAAGACGCCUCACAGGACGACGAGUUGCAGAAACUGCAGGAAAGUUUCCGGAUGAAGUUGGUGGAAACUCUGAGUUCGGAGCUCCAUCCUUCACUCCUGACCGCACCGAAGUCAAACCUGCAACCUGCCGCUGGACGCGCAAGCAGAUUGCAGCACGGCCGAGAAGACGAGAGCUUAAAGUUGGAAAAGGAAGAAGGGUUAAUACCUGAAUCCAAACUCGAGGACUUCAGGAAGAGACUGAGAGACUUUCUGGAUCUGAAGGCAAGUCCUGCUCCAAAGAGGAAAAGGAGAGAGGACGACUGAGGAGGUUUUAAAUAACCAAGAAGACUCUGCACAGCUGCUUUUUUCUUUUUUAACCCAUGAAUGUACGAGUGACCUCAGCAAUAUUUCCUAUAUGUUCUGUACACGUAAAAUGAAGGAGAAACUGCCCGUCGCAGUUUCCUGUAGCAAGCGGCCGUUUUCAGAUGUCUUAGGUUUGUGUGUAAAGCCCAGCGAGACUGAACGUAGCGCGAUGGAAACGGCGCGACUAACCGCGUGUGUGACCGGAAACACGCUCGUCUGCUCCGCCUUCAUCGGUUUGUUUCCUCGCUGCUUAAAAACCAAAAUCAGAGUUUCAGUGGCUCAAAGAAUAAAUAAAAACCUUUCCGGAUUCAGAUUUGAUCGGUGGAAGCUCGGCUCUGCACUCGGUGCAGGAGCUGCUCCAGGUGUGCUGAGCUCUGAUGUACAGGAAGUAUCUGAGCUCACAGCAGGCAGAUGUGACCGCAGCAGCUGGAGACUUUUUAUUUUAAAGAAACAAAUUCCGAUGUGUAGUUACAGCACGAGUAACUUUAAAAAGCAUUUUUCAGAAUCACCAUGUGCCUUACGUUUAAACCGCUCACAGAAACCUGGAAACUCAGCCGCUGAUGAUGAAGUCAGUUUCUGACUGGUCACCGUGUGUAAAUCCACAGUAUUAACCCCGUCGUCUCUCACUGACACAGCGUGAAAACCGCCGAAGGUUUCCUCUGCUGUGAGCGGGACGGGUCCGCGUCAGCGCUUCUGUAUUUCUGCACUCAGUUCGCUGCGUCUGCAAGUCGUAAUCGGGGAUUUUGGUCUGAACUCUAAACAAUAUUUUUGGUAUGAAAAAGUUCAUUUUUCAGUGAGUGGUCACAUCUUAGAAGCAGGAAUCGGUCAGUAUUUCACAAUUUCAAAAAGGGAGGAAAUGAUGACGGCAUUGAUCAGGCCCAGUGUCUGUGCUGUGAGCGCUCUGACUGUAUCAACAUUAAACUGGUGAUUUCAUCUGAGACUUUGUGCCGGUCUCGAUUUUACCGCCUUAUGUAAAGAAAGUGUGAGACCUUCAUUCAGACGUGAAGCCGUUACUUUUUCCUUGCGGUUGUAAUUAUAGUGGAGUCCUUGGUGGCAGUAAUGGUACCUUUCCUACUGUCAGAUUUCAUCUCUUUGGCAGCUGAUCAGCCAUAACGUGUUCUUAUUUUUGGUAUUUCCCCCGAAAGCUGAGGCGCGCACGUCUGCAGCGAGUAGCGUAACAUGUUUACAGUUUAGUCUGAGUUUUCUCGUUUGAUAUUUCAUGUUUUACACGUAUGUUGUGUUUUCUCUUACGAUGAAAUACGCAGAGAAUUUCGUUUGUUUAACAUAUAUAUAAAAAAACAACAUUUAAAAUAAACAUUCUUUUCCAUAACUGACUCGCUUUGCAUCUGAGAUGAGUCUCGUCUCGUCAUUCGGCUUGCGAUUUUUAGCAGCUGGAUUUACUGUAACAGGCGACUCUGUAUUUGAUCUUUGUUGUCUUCAGUAUUUGGCUCACAUCCUGCUGAAGUCUCAGAUGUUGUUUAUUCCUUCAGUCCAGCUUCAUGACUCGAUUUGUUUUCUAAUCACUUCAUGUGGCUGUCUUCUUUCUUUAAUGUCUGUAUGUCAAAGCUGUCGUGUCCAAACGGAUCCCAGUCACAUGCUUCAGUCUGUGGAACCAAUUAGCCGGUUCAUGUUUCCCCCGGUGUUGGACGGGGAACUCUGACAGACUCGUUUCUUUGUGUGCGCAGUUCGACGUCGUGCACUUUCAUGUGUUCAAACUUUAUUGUGAAAGUCUGUGUUUACUUUCCCUUUGAGGAAUUUGAAAUAAUUUUACUUUGAUGUUAACAGAACCAAAAAAAGAAAAAUCUGCUGAAAAAGAAAAACGAAUCAGAACAAGAAUUCAAAUGUAAACGUGGAUUCUUCUUGGCUGUACAUUUUAUCAAAGAAAAUGUUACGCUGUGUUUUAAAAAAAUUCCAUUAAAAUAUUUUAAAAUAU